ACGAGCAACGCUCUCGACAUUGUAAACCACCUCGCAACAACAAAACGCACUAGCGAACACCGACAUACACCAUGUCGGGACGUAUCAACCAGCCUAACCGUGUCGAGUCGUGGCUGUUGCAGGAGGACGAGAAGAGGUUGACAAUCACCGAGGACCCCAAGAUCCCCAAUGCCGCGACGGUCGUGAUCCGCGCGCAGGACCACACGCUAGGCAACAUGCUCCGGGCCCAGCUCCUCCUCGACCCGACAGUCAUGUUCGCGGGCUACAAGCUCCCUCACCCCCUCGAGAACGUGAUCACGAUCAAGAUCCAGACGGACGAGAAGUCGAACCCCGCCGACGCGCUCAAGCGCGCAUGCCACCUGCUCAUUAAGCAGACGACCGAAGUCAAGAGACAGUAUGACGAGCAGGCGCGCAACAUUGAGAUGGGCAUGGGCCCCGAGCAGGCCGCCAUGCCCGGCACGCAGGGCGGCGCCGGCGGCUACGACCCAUACGGCGACGGCUUCGGCGGUGGCGGUACGGUCGUCGGCGGACCUGUGCGCGACGCUGCUGGCAACGCGGAUGUGUACGACUUCUGAGUGGCGAGAGAGGCUCGACCGUGGCGACGGCCGUGGAGACGGCUGUGGGCUCGGGCUGCUCGUGGGCCCUGGCUCCGACUAGAGAAUAGCAAUGUUGUAUGCAUAACAAGAUAGUAGCAGUA